AUGCCAAAGCCUCUACAGCACGAAGAUAGAAUCCAAUUAGCACUCGAGGCCUUACGUUCAGGCCAAAUCAAAAUCAUUCGCAAGGCUGCGGAUGCGUUUGGUGUACCGAAGUCCACUCUCCACAGACGCGUCAAGGGGGGCGGUACGCGUCAAGAAGCUCAAGUCAAGAACCGAAAGCUACGCCCAACUGAAGAAGCAGCCUUGAUUCAAUGGAUCGAGUCAUUGGACGACCGUGGGAUGUCGCCGACGAUCGGUUAUAUCCGACAGAUGGCUGACCUUCUUCUCCGCGAGCGUGGAGGCUUCACUCUACUCGACGCGUCUCUUACAUCCACCCCGGUCCCGGCAAUGACUGUCGGUGAGAACUGGGUCCAGCGGCUUCUUCAUCGGCAUCCCCAUCGGGAGACGAAGUAUUCUAGAAAGUACGACUAUCAACGGGCCUUAUGCGAGGAUCCAGAGAAGAUUUCAGCGUGGUUUGCACGAGUGCAAAGGACCAUCAACGAAUACGGUGUUCUUGACAGCGACAUCUACAACUUUGACGAGACUGGUUUCCAGAUGGGUGUUGCAAGCACGUCUAAAGUGGUCACUCGAUCUGACCGACGGAAUCGACCUGUUGUUAUCCAGCCGGGAAAUCGAGAGUGGACAACUGUCAUCGAGUGCAUUAACGCAUCCGGCUGGAGUGUUGACCCGAUGAUUAUCUUUGAAGGAAAAGUCCACAUUUCGUCGUGGUACGACGGCUCAGUGCUGCCAAAGACAUGGCGGAUUGGAGUCAGCGAUAACGGCUGGACAACCGAUGAGCUUACCUUCGAGUGGCUUCGAGAAGUCUUCGAGCCACAAACUCGAAAACGGACUGUUGGUCGAUAUCGGCUUCUCAUUCUCGAUGGUCAUGGAAGCCAUUCGACGCCUGCAUUCGACAAAUUCUGUACUGAGCAUCGGAUCCUUACAGAGUGUAUGCCUCCGCACUCGUCGCACUACCUCCAGCCCCUUGACGUUAGCUGUUUCGCUGUGCUUAAGCGGACGUACGGCGACCUUGUCAAAGCGAAGAUAGCACUCGGGGUUCAUCACAUUGACAAACCGCGAUUCCUCGAACUGUUCCUCGAAGCUCGGAAAAAGACAUUCAAUACAAAGAACAUCGCAAGCGGCUUUAGAGCUGCAGGGCUCUUGCCUUUCGAUCCAACUCAGGUUCUUUGUCGGCUACAAACCAGGAUACGGACACUGAGUCCCCCUCCUACCCCUAUCCAACCGCCAAGUCUGCCUCUCAAAACGCCAGGAAACAUCGUCGAACUUGACUCUCUCCAAAGGAAACACCAGAGAGAGAUAAGCCCAACAGAUCAGGCGCUUCAGAAAAUCAUCAAGGGCUGCCAGAUGGCGAUGCACAAUGCUACUCUUUUGCAGGAAGAGAACUCGCGACUUCGAGCUGAAAAUGGUCGACAAAAGAGAAAGCGGACACGCCGAGCUUUCAUUCAAACAGGAGGGACUAUGACGAUUGGAGAAGGGAUGACACACAUCGAGGCCUCCCAGAAUGCUCGUCAGAAGGGUCAAGGAAGCCAGGAAGCUCGUCGAGAGGUCGAAGAAGGAGAGGUGGGGCCAUCGGACACGACUGCGCCAAAGGCACGAAAGCGAUGGCCCGACCAGUACCUCGCAGCGGACGAGCGCGCCGGCCUGCAGGCGAAGAAGGACGAGCAGCCGCACAAUACGGCACGUAGCUAUGCGGCAAAACAGCGGGAGUGGAAAAAGUGGUGCCUCACGCCGCGUGUGGCCGAGGACGGCUCGGCUUAUACCUGGCCAGACGGGGAGCUUGUAACCCCGGAUAAGCUAGCCGCGUGGCUGAAAGAGGAUAUCCUCCUACGGCGGGUAAAAGUGCCGGCGGUACGGCCUAAUAAGCCGCGCGGCGCGUUCCGCCGGCGGGCGAAGACGGCGACGGAUGCCGACGAUGAUGCCGAGGCUGCGGCCUUGGCCGAGGCCCAGGUUCUGACGGAGACCAUAAAAGUACCGCUAGAAGAGGCGGUGCAACUCCUUGCGGAUGACAGAGAAGAUUACAACCCGCCGGCUACCUUUGCGCCUGUGGGGGAAGAAGACAAGGCCGCCGUCGAGGGUACCCUGUUAACGAGGAGCACCGCAGACGCCUAUGUCGCAGCCGUUCUCGAGCUCUGGAGGCUGCAGGUUGCACAUGGGAACCCUAACGUUGAGAACCCUCGCGGCGCGGCCGUACGCGGGUUCCUCGAACAGUGCGGCCGGCAGCGCGGCCGCCUCGACCGGGAGACCUUCCAAGACCGCGGCGCCGAUGGGAUCCAGGCCGGUUACUCGCCCGAAGAGUGGCUGCGAGUGCAGACCACCGUGUUAGGCGGAACGGCCCAGACGCCGCAGAACCUGCGCACCCGCGUCGACCUCCUUUUUGGUCAUUACUACCUUCUCCGAGGCGAAAACCGCCGUAAGAUGGAGCUGGCCGACCUCUCCCUGCUGGACUACCCGGCUUCCGAAGGCCCGACCCCGUGCGGCUGCCUUGUCAGCCUCCUCCGAGACGGGAAGAUGAACAAGACGGCGAGGAAGGAGUUCAUGGGCUCGCUCCGCCACAAAAACCCACUGCUCUGCACGCAGGGCGCCCUUGCACAGCUCUUCUUUUGGCGGUGGCAUAUCGCUGGCGAAGACCCGCCUUCCUUUCGGCGCCGACAGGAUUGGUAUAGGAUCAAAGUCCUCGUCGGGCGGGACCGCGAACAAGAACUCUCGUACCCGGCGCAGCUGCAAGAGACUUGGCGCAUCUUCGGGGCAGCCGGUAUAACCGCCGCCAAAAAGACGCACCUUCCGCGCCGGACCGGUGCGCAAGAUGCCGAGACGCACGGCUCAUCUCUCGCUCAGAUUUCGCAGGCCGGCCGUUGGAACCAGAGCGUCCUCGUGAAGGCCUAUCUCACCCACCUCCCCCGCGAAUUCAUGCGAGUCGUCGCCGGCUUUUCGGCCAAGGCAGGCGACUACUUCAUCGCCCGCGCGGCCCACGAGCCGCCGGCUGCUCUCCAGAAGCAGCUUUGGCCUUGGAUCGAGGAGUGGGAGCCCCGUUUCGCGGCCCGGGCGUGCCGAAAGCGCUGGGCGGAAGGCGGCCUCGACGAAGACGACUUAGCCGCGGACGGCUUCCUUAAACUGAUGCGGCGGCUGCGAACCGUCUUGUUGCAGGACCUGGCCGCCUUGCAGCCCCGUUUCCCCUCGCUUCCCUUCUUUGCGCACCCCCCCUUUUUCGGGCCCGAGUGGGACGGAUUCGUCCUGGCGGUACGGUCCGACGCAAGCGCAAGCGAGCCGCCGAACCUGCUUCUACAGCGGGCUUUGCCCGAGAUCAGUGCCGCUUUCGAGAGCUCCCGCGACGCAGUCUUGCAUAAUAGCGACCGGCUGAUCGGCGGUCUAGAACGCCGGCUAGAUGACCAGUUCAAGCGUCUUGAUAGCCGGCUCAACAGCUUCCAAGAGAGCCUAGACGCCCUCGUCCAAGGCCGGCUCCCCAUCACUGUUACGGGAUACCUUAGACCGCUACCGCCGCUAGAAGGGCACCCGGGUGGGCCGGCUGUCUCGGAUGCGUUGGGUGCCCCGGUCCCCCCGGUCCCCCCGGCCCUAGCUGUCCGACCCGAGCCGAGCCCGCCUAUUUUUACGGCUUUGACGAAGGCCUAUACGGUAAAUGAUGUGUGGAGGGACUGGAAAGAGGGAGUGGCCGGCCGGCCGGCUGUACAGGAGCUAGAGGAACGGUGGGGGAGCCGGUGGCGCCCGGGCAGCAAGAUUCGGGUCCAAUUCUGUCGUCGGAAGGUUAUUUGGGACAAGAUUUUCACGCUCGUGGCGCGCGGCCAAAACGAGGACGAGGCUGUCGCGGAGUUGGAGCGGCUGCGGGCGGGCCGCAGUCUUAACCAGCUUGUAGACGUCCUGCUGAAGCAGCGCCGCCGAAGGAAGGCCGGGAAGGCCGGGGCGUCCUAA